CCAUUGAUAACACUAUAGAAUUCAGCACACAUAUUUUGCUGACAUGUGUAUGAGGACAAGUCAAAUCACUGAUGUAAGCCCAUGCAUUGAUCAUGUAUGGUGCAAUGUGGUAUGUAUGUAUCAUAUUUAGUGAUGAAGGAAGUGUUCUAAGGUAACCUACUCUAUCAAGUCAGAGUGUAACAUACUUGUAUUCUGCAGGUAAGAACAAGAUGGCUCAGUAAUCGGCAGAUCGGGAGUCUAGUCACACAGACAGUCAAACUACAACAUGAAUUAUUUUGGAAAGCUAGUCUCAAAUUUUAAAGGAUUUUACAAUGAGAUCAACUCUGCAACAUUAACUGGUGCAAUAGAUGUAAUUGUGGUUCAACAAGAAGAUGGCUCCUUCUUAUGUUCACCAUUCCAUGUGCGCUUUGGAAAGCUGGGCGUGCUGCGUUCUAGGGAAAAAAUUGUUGAUAUAGAGGUAAAUGGGGAGCCUGUGCCCCUGCACAUGAAGCUUGGAGAGGCUGGCGAGGCAUUCUUUGUAGCAAAAGUCAGUGCAGAAGAGCUAUCAGAGGGCCCAGAAUAUCUGGCAACAUCUCCAAUCCCAACAGCUGAAGAACUGAUUCGUGAGGGCUUGAAAGAGUUAAAGAAACAACAAGAUGGUGAAGAAACAGCUAAAAGAGAGAAAGACAAUGCAGGGAUUAAACCUGAAAUUGACUCUGAAAUUACCCUUGAAGGGAGAAAACAAAGACAAGAUUCUGAAAUGAGUCUGGAAAGCAACGAAACAGAUAGGCGAUCUAGAUUAGAUUCUGAAAUUAGUUUAAGGUCGCAGACAGAUUCAGAGAGAAGCGUCGAAUUUCGACCAAUUACUCAAGCUGACUCUAGCACGUCACAAACAGAUACUUCAACCACCAGCUUAGUGUCAAAACCCACCAAAUUACCAGCUCCUGAGAGCUCUACAAACAUUACAAAGAAAACUACCUCUAGUAGUUCUGCCAACAGUGAAUCAAUCAAUAUUGAAAAUGAAAAAGACUCCAAUAUUGGAAAACGAAGAAGGCGGAAAAAACACCGUAAAAAUAAUAAUAAAUCCCAAAUUGCCAAAAAUGACAGUAAAGAAGAUGAUUUUGAAGAUCAGGAAAUAUUUGAUCUUGACGUAGAGGGUGUCGAUGAAGAGGUGGCUGCUAUAAGCCUGCCCUCUUUGGAGGAGAACAGAAAUGAAAGGACUGAUGACUGGGCAAAUAGUCACUAUGCCUCACAUUUCCAUCCCUUCAGUGAUGGUGAUAUCACUCCUGUAAUGAGCCCUAUUGCUAGUAGACCACCCAGUCCCAAGAGUGACACGGAAUAUGAGAAACAAAUGUUAGAUUCGAUGUCACAGACAGAAGUUGAGGAUGGCGUCACCUGGAAUUGGGGGGAACUUCCUGAACCUCAUAAAGCCAAGGUGAAGGUGAUCGAGAGCCCAGCCAAAGAUGAAGAGAAAGCCAAAACAACAGGGCUCGAUAUAUUACCUACACCUGAUGAAGAAAAGCCUACAGGGGGUUUAUUCCACUUCAUGCGUAAAACCAAGAAGAUGCGUCACCAGCCAGAGCAGGAAGGCAUCUACCUAGAUGAUCUCAGUCUUGACCAGAUGGACCCUGAAAUAGCAGCACUCUACUUAUAUAAUACAAAAAGUUCCAGUAAUAUGAGAACCAUACAAGAUGAGGACAACGAGUCUGGUCGAGGAGCCUCACUUCCACAUUCCCCGCUUUCCAUUGAAGGUGCUGAAAAAUUUGGUCAUCGUCAUGAAGACUUUCCAUUGCCAAGUGGCUCCAUGCCAGAGGUGUACAUGUCUCUAUGUGGAGGUCUAGAUGAGUAUGAGGGAGAUAUACCUCUAGAGAAGUUCCACCAAGAUAUCAUCACCUUUGAGGAGUUCAAGAACAAGCCAAACAUAUUCAACAAUUCUAAACUAGUCAUCAAAAUAGCAGAUAAGUAUUACAACUGGCAGAUAGCAGCUCCAGUUCUAAUGUCAGUAUUAGUCUUCCAGAAACCUUUGACAGAGGAAGUUGUAAAUGACCUCAUCAAAGAACACAUGCCUAAGAAACCUGAACGAAGGCGGGGUUGGUUCUCAGGCUGGGGUAGAGGUGGUGAAAACCCGAAGCAAUCUAGAGACCCCUUAGCAGCUGAGAAAAAGGAUGAUGUGACAAGUCUUGCCUCCAGCGCCCCCUCAAGUCCACCUGACACACCACAGAAACAGAAACGGUCUAAAGCUAAACCUGAGACCAAAGAUGAGUCAACAUCUACGAAUAGUAGUGAUGAUGAGAGUGACACGUCAGAUCGUAGUGAGAGAGGGACCUCUGUGCCAUCAGAUACUACCAAGCUGGAGGAGUCUACAUCCAGACUUAAAGUGCCACAUAAAUAUCACCAUCACGAGUCAUUCAAAAAAUCUGUUAGGCUCACCUCAGAACAACUGGGAGCCCUUAACCUAAAGGAAGGUCCCAAUGAGGUUACUUACUCAGUUACUACACAGUACCAGGGCACCAGUCGCUGCACCUCCUAUAUCUAUCUCUGGAAUUAUAAUGACAAGAUCAUCGUCUCUGACAUUGAUGGGACCAUUACCAAGUCGGAUGUGCUUGGCCAAGUAUUACCAAUGAUAGGAAAAGACUGGUCCCAGAUUGGUGUUACAUCUCUAUAUACAUCAGUGCAGAAUAAUGGCUACAGGUUCAUGUACCUCUCUGCUCGUGCCAUAGGACAGUCCAAGAUUACCAGGGAUUAUCUGAAGAGCAUCCGCCAAGGGGAGUUGGCAUUGCCUGAUGGUCCCAUGUUCCUGUCUCCUUCUUCUCUUGUCACUGCAUUUCAGAAAGAGGUGAUUGAGAAGAAGCCUGAAGAGUUCAAAAUUGCCUGUCUUAGAGAUAUUGCCACUCUCUUUCCUAGUAAUAGGAACCCAUUCUAUGCAGGCUAUGGCAACAAAGUCAAUGAUGUCUGGACAUACUUAGCAGUUGGUAUACCUCGUACACAUAUUUUCACAAUCAAUCACCGUGGAGAGGUGAAACAUGAACUCUCGCAAACCUUUCAGACAUCAUAUACCGGUCUCAAUGACGUCGUGGAUCACUUCUUCCCACCUGUACAUGAUACAGUUGAUGGACCAGAACCAGGUCAGCAUUUUCAUGCACCUAAGGAAUAUAGCACAUUUACAUAUUGGCGGGAGCCGCUCCCCGAUAUCGAAAUUGAUCUGGAUGUAUUGAAAAAGGACUCGAAAGCGAAGGAGGAGAAAAAAUGACGGGGUCAGGGUUAUACAGGAGCUAGCAGUUUCAGUCCAAGUGUUGCAUUUGUAUUUGGAAUUUAAAAUAUUUAUACAUGGAAAGUCAAAGAAAUCAUUCGUUUUUUCAGUGUUUGGUCACGAUUCUCUGAAAAUGUUUCAUAAUGAUACUUAAAAAUAGAAAAAAUUGUGCUUCAUACUUAUAUGAUUGAUCAAAAAGCUUCAUAAAAAUCAUAAAUAAAAGAAAAUCAUGUUACAGGCCAAAAAGCAGGAAAAUGAUUAAUGUACCCACUACCCAGGGUACCAGAGAAUUAUACGACUCAUAACUGCAAUUAUAUUGUGGUAAAUAGAUUUUUGAUUGAGCAUUUUGUAAUGCCAUGUUUUCAUAUUUCAUAUGGUCGUAAUUACGGAACAUUGUUUAUCAUGAAGAUUAGCUUAUGAAAAGUUACAAGUUGUUUGAAUCAUGCUGUAUACUAUUAAACCACAGAUGUAAAUAAAUCCCAGUUUUGAUAUUUGUUUACCAUUUAAAAGUUGUACUAUAUAAUUAAAAGGAAAUAUUUAUAUACGCUUUAUAUGUUGAAAUCCAGUUAGUGUUCAUGUCAGAAAAAUUCACAUUGGGCAAAUAAAUGUUGUUAAUGGAAUACUUGUUUGGCAGAGAUUGGUAGCUUUUGUAUAAUCUGAAGUUCGACAAGAAGUGUUGUAAAGUCAUAUAGUAUCAUAGACAUGAUGGAGGGACUUCACUCCCAGAUUUUCAUGAAUUCUGGGAUUGUAGGGCUUCUAUUGUUUAUAUUGAUGUGUUUUCCUAUUGGAUAAUCAAUCUACCAUGUAGGUUUAGCAGCUGUAGGCGUAUUUAUACUGUAUAGUUUCUUGAGCAUAUAACAUAGUCUAGAACUUUGUUCUGACACUGUCUGUGUGCGUCUUUCACCUGAAAAUUUUUUCUGUGCUAAUAGGAACUAUAUCAGAGCACGCAAAUUAUCUGCAUUGAAGGAACAUGUACCUUUCUACUUAUAUAUAUUUGUUCUGCGACUGUUUUUUCUUUUUGUACUCUGUACAUAUCUCAUGUUUAUAUUUUGUAUAUUUAAACAACAGUAUUAUACAAAACAUACAAAACACCUCAUUUCUUCAAUAGCAAAUCAAUAAUUUGAAUUAAAACAAUAUUUUACAAUUUCUGUCAUCAUUUCCAUAAUAGGUUUUUCAUACCAAGUAGACUUGUAAUUUCCAGAACAACUUAAUUUGUUCAUUUAAGUGAAUAGUUAUGCAUCAAAUCCUUUUUUUAUCCUUCCCCUUGUUCCAAAUUCCUUGAAACAUUGGUUAUAUGUGACAUUUAGGCUAGGAAUACAGAGUUGGGAUUAAGGGUUGAUGCAAGCUAGUCUACUGGAGAAAUAACAUAAUUGCAUAAUUAUGAUUGUUCUUUACUUAUGUAAUAAUUUAUUUUAGUUUAUGUAAAUAGAGGUAUUUCAGGAAAGCUGUACUAGUGAGUUUUGCCAAAUUAUCAUUGUAUGUCAAGCAUGUUAAGAUGGACAGACUAUUAGUAUUGAUUGACCAGGCUCAGAUCGUGAAACUUAUUUUUAUAUUUUGUUAUAAAUAUGACUGGACAGAUUUUCAUAUUUAAAUGUUAGUUUAGUUGGAAUAUUUUAGUUUUUUGAUUUGUCCUGUUUUUCAAGUCUACAAGUUUCUGAAUUGUAGAAGACUGCGUAUAAUGGACACUGAAUGUGAUUACUAUCCAUUGUUAGUGAAUAGCAUUUAAUCUUCAGUUCCCUGUGUAAUUAUGUGUAUAUUGGGUGUCCGUAAAGUCACUUCAAAGUUACAAUACAAAGUCUGUGUAA